GGGGGCAAAACACUGCGCGUCAGACUCGCAUCGCAAAAGGGAACGUGCCAAACGAUUUUAGUGAGAAAAAACUGUAGGUAAUGCAACAGAGACACCGAAUCACUAAGGAUGUGUUUAGCUUAAGGAGGACUGGCAACGUUUUUUAGACGUUUUCUUAUAUGGCAGUUGAUUUCACUGAAGAGAAGCGGCAAUCGGAUUAGCUGUGUACCGUUAGUUGGAGCGUGUGUCAGUGUGUCAACUUUUCUUUACGCUUCAGAAGGAAAAUGCUUAUGUCUUCUCGUGUUACUUUUAAAGCAGUUAUGCUGGCGUGAAAACUGCUACACAUUUUUUGGAAACGUGUUAUAUAGUUUUGCCAUUUACGUGUGUUACGCACAAAGUUAGGCAUUGGAACCGUCUUGGAUCCCAAAUACGAUUAAAGGGUUGUUAUAUUCAUCUACUGGGACGGGAUUCUCCAGCGGCACGGUGAGAUGGCUGUGCUUUGGGUCUGCACACUUUUUCUUCUCCUAAAGGUUGCCCUGGGAGAUGCCUGUGCCAGCGGGCAGUUCACCCAGUCAGGGGAGUGUUGUGAUCUGUGUCCUCCGGGCCACGGGGUGGAAGUGGAGUGUGGGAAGGAGAACACCAAGUGCCAGCAUUGCCCAGACGGAACGUUCUCCCCAACGGGCGGCCUCUCACCGUGCGUCCCGUGUGCCCGAUGCCCAGCUGGCGUCGCUGAGAUCUCCCGCUGCAGCGGCACCAGGGACACUCACUGUGACUGCGGCGAGCGCUUGUACCUGCGCCGCGACGGCAGGAGCCCGUCGGGGUCAUGCGCCGCCUGCACCACGUGUGGGCGCGGCGAGGGCGUGGCGAGGCUGUGCGGAGCCCACGGGAACACCCGGUGCCAAACGUGCGGCACGGGAACGUUCUCGGAGGAGAAGAACGACACCACGCCGUGCCAGGCCUGUUCUCAGUGCUCGGACAGCGAGGUGGAGAUCAGAGCCUGCCAGCCAAACUCUGACACCCUCUGCAUGGAUAAGAAGCUACACAUCCUGAAUCGUCCCACCGGGUCCGACGGCCCUCUGGCCGCUCCUCGCUGGCCCGUGCCGGGCCCUGUGGACAAAGAUGAGGAGGCAGAGGAUGGUGGUCCGGCCCCAGGGGGAGCUGGACCUGGUGCCACCAGGUUCACCCCCCAGGGGGAGGUGGGCAGCAACAACAUCCUGGCCUACGUGUCAGUCCUGGCCGCUGUGGUGCUGGGCCUGCUGCUCUACGUCGCCUACAAGUGCUGGAUGUCGUGUAAGCAGAAGAAAGCGCUGAAUAAGGCCCGCGCUGCAGAGCUGGGCACUUCGCCCGAAGGAGAGAAACUCCACAGUGACAGCGGGGUCUUCCUGGAUUCACACAGCUUACAGGACAGCCAACCCAGCAAAGGCAGCAAGAGGGACAGUAAGCAGGACGGCCGUCUCUACAUCAACCUCCCCCCCCACAGACAGGAAGAGGUUGAGUGUCUGCUUCAGGAGGGGGGCGGGGCCCGCGGAGGUUCCUGGAGGCAUCUGGGGACGGCGCUGGGCUACGAGCUGGACCAAAUAGACUUGUUUGGACGUGGCGAGGCCCCUGCGCACACUCUGCUCUCCAACUGGGCCCAGCAGGAGGGAUCCACCCUGGGACUGCUUUGCUCAGCGCUGGCCCGAAUUGACAGGUCCGAUGUGGCUGCCGCUCUUACCUGCCCCACCCCGGGGAUGUCUGUUGUCUGAGGGUGGUGGGGGAACCGGGUGGCGUCCCAAACCCCACGUGACUCCUGGUCAAAAGUAGUGUAAUAAGGGAGAAGGGUGCCAUCUGGGGCAAAACCUCAGGGUCAGACAAGAGGGAUUUGGCUCCUGCUUCGUCGUCCUGCACCAACCAGGAGGACUCGAGCCUAAAAGUGGGGAGGCUGAACUUGUACGAAAAGAAGAGGCUUUUCUGGGGGAUUUUCUGUUGUGAAACAUUGUGCUAUGGUGUGCACUAAUUAACACAACCCUGUUGAUUAGGAUGCAGUGUGCAAACGGCUCUCCUCUACUGGUGUGUUGGAGGGAUGACAAUGAGGUAGAGGAAUACCUGUGACUGCCCUGCGACGCCUCAAACACAUUCAAACUGGAGAGACGGCAAGCGUUGAUGUUGGAAGAGUUGUUGCUGGUUCACUGAGCUGUCCUCACAUCACAUAUGUACAGUACACGCAAUGUUUUUCCUUAUAUUUUUUUUUUACUAUCGUAGUUAGAACCUAAUCUGCCCAAGCGUUCUAGGAAUGGGCAUUUAUUUACAGAUACAGUAUGUCAAGAAGAUCCACUGUCUUUACUGAUUUACUUAAUCAGCAAAAAAUAACUGACUGAACAGGCACAGGGAUGGAAUACGGAAAAAUUGCAUUAUCAACACUCAAUCAUUCAUUUUAAGACCACUGUAAAUAUUUCCCUGUGGUGUUAAAUGUUUUUCAAGCACGUUUGAGGCAAAGGCCGAUCCUAACAGCCUCGACUCCAGCAACAGAGCACGCACACGGCGACACCCUCUCAGCUAACUAGGCGGUCGGUCUGGGGCCCACCGGGAGCUCUGAGGUCAGUGACGGCCCAUCCCGUUGCACCGUGCGGCCCCGGCACUCCUGAUCUUAGCUCAAAGGCACUCGUGACGCCCUCCCCCCUCCCAAAAGAAAAUAUUUCUUACCCCCUAAAAGAAAAGGUCUGGGCAACUGAUUCGCUAGGAUGUAGCGCAUUCAUGUACAUUGUCUUUAUUAACAUGUCCUGAAUGGGCUAUUGAAAACCAAAGAAAGAAAAUGAAGCAACUUUAGGUUUCUCCACGGUAGAGAGAUUCAGUGUGUCCCAAAUUGCAUCCUAUUUCAUAAACAGUACUCUACUUUUAUCGGGGCCCAAAUGGGUUUUGGUCGAACAUAGUACGCAAUGCAAGAAAUAGGUUGCAAUUUGGGACGCGUGCAGGGAUUGAUAAACCUGAGAUAUAUAACUAACGGGGUAACCCAGUUGACUUCUGCCGUGGUUUACUAUCCAUAACAUUAUGUAACUAUCAGUCAUUAUUAUUGUCAUGUGUGUUUGUCAUAUUUUAUAAACAUGUAAUAAAAGC